CUUGUCUAUGUAUAAAAUAAAAGGUCAAAAUCAUAAAUUUUACUUUAAAAUUUGAUGAUUGAUUUGUUGAUUUUAAUCGGAAUUUUGCUAUUUUAUUCCAGCUAAUAAUAAAUAAAAUAUAUAUCAAAGCCAACUGUGAUCUAGAUAAUAGUUUAGAAAAUAUAAGUUAUCUAUUUGUCUGUGACAGACACCUCAAUCAUAAGGAUUUACAGAAUGAUGGACGGCGGUGUGGUUCACCCGCACGGGGGGGUCGUGCACGGGCCGGUCGGCGUGCCGGGGGUGGUCCACAGCCUGCCGGUGCACGGCGCCGGGCCGGACGGCGAGCACGCGCCGCACGGGGGCCCGCGCCGCCGCUACCAGAACCGCCCCAAGCCCACCAACAACUUGGAGCGCCUGCCCCUGGAUGAAGCCGCUAAAAGGGAAAUGGAGUCAUUGCCAAUGAAGACUCCAGUGUCGGUGUUGCAAGAGCUGCUGGCUCGUCGGGGAACGGUGCCCAAGUAUGAGCUGGUGCAGAUUGAGGGCAUGAUCCAUGAGCCCACCUUCCGUUACCGAGUCACUGUCGCUGAUCUUGUUGCUAUGGGAACUGGUCGUUCAAAGAAGGAGGCCAAGCAUUCUGCAGCCAAGGCCUUGCUGGACAAGCUUACUGGUGCUACACCUGCUGAUCAGAACUCCAAUGGAACUGUGCCUGAGGCAAAUGCUGUGGUGACUUCGUUUGAGGACAAGCUGAUGGGAAAUCCUGUUGGUUGGCUUCAGGAACUGUGCAUGUCGCGAUUCUGGCCUCCUCCUUCAUACCAUGCAGAGAAUGAUGACAAUGUUAACAGGCGUUUGCCUCACGAGCGCCAGUUCACAAUAAUCUGCACACUGCUGAAGCGUCGCGAGGUGGGCACCGGCAAGUCGAAGAAGUUGGCCAAGCGCCAGGCCGCCUACAAGAUGUGGCAGGCGCUGCAAGACAACCCGCCAGAGUCUUUCCAGCCUGAGGAAGAGGGCGGUGUCGGAGCGCGCUACGCCGAUCUGAAGGACAGCAAAAUCUCGACGCUGACCACCAGCCACAGCCACAAGGUGUCGCAGUUCCACAAGCACCUCAAGCAGUCUGUCGGACCCAACCUGGCCAAGCUUCAGGUGACUCCACUGAACAACAAGGACUUCAACUUCGUCCAGUUCCUGCAGGAGAUCGCCUCGGAGCAGUCGUUCGAAGUGACGUACGUGGACAUCGAGGAGAAGUCGAUGACGGGGCGCAGCCAGUGCCUGGUGCAGCUGUCCACGCUGCCCGUCGCCGUGUGCUACGGCUCGGGGCUCUCCAGCAAGGACGCGCAGGCCUCCGCCGCACAGAACGCACUCGAGUAUCUCAAGAUCAUGACCAAGAAGUGAGUGUCUCCUGAGCUUGCGACAUCAAUGCGACUCGCAUGUAGCCCGUUUCCGGCAACAUACUCGUUGUGGUUCUAAACCGAUGUUCAGGAAACUAAACGCUUGAUUGAGUGAGCUCUAAAUAUACUAGUGACGGGUGUAAAUAUUGUUUUUGCGAGGUAUGGUCGUUGAUGUCGCCAGGUCUCGAGUCUGUACUUGCUGAACCCACUUCCCAUUUGAGCUGGCAUUAUGCCUGAAUGUCAUGGCUUCGGGCUAUGCUUUAUAACUGGCAUAUUUGCAGUAUAUUACUUGUGAUUAUUGUUUCCAUUUAUUUGUUACUUAAUCGAGAUUCUAUAUUCGAAAUCUAAGUUCGUGUGCAUGAGCAAUCCGAUUAGCAACUGGUGAUUGUUCUCACUUGUACACUACUGCCAAUGUGCGAGGGUAAAUUGCAUAGCCCGAAAAAUAAACUUAUUGAAUCAAAGUAUGAAGUGGUCAUAUAAUAAUAAAAAUACAAGCUAUACUUUGCAUAGAAUUAGUGUAAUUUUCCCAGCGUGGAAAUUACUUUUAAAAAUAUAAAAUAACAAUAAAACAAAAAAAAAUACAUAAAAUAAUAAAAUACAAAAAAAGAGUGGACUAUGUAUUUCCAGUUUAAUAUUCAGCAUUAUUUAGCAUGGUUUUUGCAUUCAUAUCUAAAUGAAAAUAUGAACUACUUAUUAUAUACUUAGGGAGACGUCUUGUAUUAAUGUGACACCUUUAUUUAUAAUAAUGUAUAAUCGUAAAGCAUGUUUUGUCAUAUUUAUUUGUUAAGACGUCUAUAUUAAUUAGUAUUUUAGACACAGUCGAUCUGAUGUUUUUAAUAACAUCCAUGCUGAGCAUUAAACGGAAAAUAAUAUUCUCAGCUUAAAAGCAUUGUCUUGUUGAAGAACUGCCCGACCUUUGCUUUGUAACGAGCUCCGACUAGCAGCUAACUUACUUGAACUUACUAGAGAAGAUUAUUUACAAAGUGCAAGGGUUGGUUUUAGCAGAGGUGUGUGUGAGGCAGGAUUGCAGAGUGGGUUCCCUUUCGUCUCUAUAAUCAAAAAGUACGGUUUUGUUUAGUACACAAUGUAUGGAAAACUUUGCGGGGAAGCUGAGAACUAGAUGUUAGAGUGAUAUUUUCACUGAUAUAGUGGUUGCGAUGUUCGGACCCCUUGCCUGUGAAAAUGGGCAUUAUUUUAAUGCAAAGUAUAGAGGUUGUAACAUUUUCUAUCAGUGAAGUAUCGUCGUCAUAGUUGUGCGAUAAUUAUAGGACAAUGAGGAGGAUACUCCACUCGCCCAGUUUCUUUUAAAUUGAAUGGUGUGAGUUCAACCUGCCCAAUAGAGACAUCGCACUGUUCAAGUUAGAAAAGACUACUCGGAGUAAAGGAUUUGGAGUUCUGUUCAACCAAGACCAACUAAAUAGCUUCGUGCCUAACAUCGUGGCAUGGAAUUUAUUUUAUCAUUUGUGUUUAGUGAGUCUUGGUUUUACUUAUUCUUGUGAAUUAUUAUGUGUCUCAAGAAGUAGCGUUUAAAUAUCAUGUAUUUUUAAUCAAUUUUGGUGUUUGUAUAAAAUCUGCACAUUUAUCGAUAUCAUUUGUAUCAAGUAAAUUAGUAUAAUCCUAAAAACGUACUGUAUAAGUGCCCCCAUAAUUAUGAUGUAUGAGUUUUCAAAUCAACUUUCAGACUAAAAUUAACAAUUGAAUAAAGAUGUUCGUGUUGCUUA